AACUCCUCCUGAAUGUACGAUGGAUUAGUGGUAUUUGCAGACUGGAUCCGAGACCAUCAAUUUCGAGUUGCAGUAAACCUUUUUGAGUUUCAGAACGAAUUGCAAAUUCAGACACUUCGAUAAGAGAAAGUUAAAGAGAUGUGGGAAUCCAUCUGUUUAACCUUAAUAGCAACCGCUGGUAAUAACAUCGGCAAAGUGUUGCAGAAGAAAGGAACCGUCAUCCUGCCUCCUCUCUCUUUCAAGUUCAAGGUGGUUAGGGCAUAUGCAUUCAACAAAGCUUGGGUCAUCGGCUUUCUUAUGGAUAUAUUUGGAGCUCUCUUGAUGUUGAAGGCAUUAUCUCAAUCUCCUGUAUCAGUAAUACAACCAGUUUCUGGCUGUGGACUUGCUAUACUCUGUAUCUUUUCCCAUUUUUAUCUGAAGGAGGUCAUGAAUGUUGUUGACUGGGUUGGGAUUGUUAUCACAGGUGUUGGCACAAUAGGAGUGGGUGCUGGAGGGGAGGAGCAAGAGUCUUCAGCCAUAUCUAUUUUUCAUCUACCUUUACUGGUUUUUGUUGUUGCAUUCUUGUUUGUCCUUCUUAAUGGAUGGCUCCACUUCUACAAACGGCAGCGAAGAAAACAGGAGUUGAUGCAUUCUGAAGUUGUUGAGGAAAUUAUAUUUGGGAUGGAAUCAGGCAUCUUUUUUGGGAUGGCAUCUGUAAUUUCCAAGAUGGGAUUUGUGUUUCUAGAGCAGGGUUUCUCCAAGAUGUUGGUACCUGUAUGCAUUUCUAUUAGUAUAUGCUGCAGUGCUACAGGAUUUGUUUACCAGACUCGAGGUUUAAAACAUGGGAGAGCGAUUAUUGUGUCCACAUGUGCUGCUGUGGCAUCAAUUUUGACUGGUGUGCUUGCUGGCAUGCUUGCUCUGGGUGAACAAUUGCCUUCUGCACCAGCAGCUCGUCUUUCACUCUUACUUGGAUGGCUACUUAUCAUUGUUGGUGUUAUACUUCUUGUGAGCUCAACGCGGUUGGUGCGACAUCUUCCACGACCAUGGCGACGUUCUACACGCGGCAAUUCUAGGCAAUUGGGGUCAGUCCGAGCCAGGGAUUCAAACCCAAAUGCUGUCAUUCAGGCAACCACAUUGCAUCAUUUGUUGACAUCUCCAGCCAAAGAGAAGGCCUGAAAUUAGAGCUGAUAAAAGCAAAUAUCAUUCUGCUUCUUUUGUUUGGUGGUACGUGAGUGUGCAGAUUUGAUAUGUGUGAAUAGCAGUCAACCUUUCUGGCAGGUUAGAGUCAUGUAGCUUUUUAAACCAUUCCGCAAGGAACGUCAUUCUAAUGUAUGUUAUCAUUAGCCCUUUGCCUCA